UCAGCCAUGCAACCGAUUCAAUCGCCUGCCGCCGGAGCCGCCGAGCCUGGUCAGAACCGUCCCCGGAAGCGACCGGACCUUACCUUGCCCCUUCCUCACCGCCACGUUUCCCCCGCCGUUCCAUCCGGUGACUCUGCACCAUUUUCCGGCGACUCUACGUCGUUUUCCGGAAAACCCGCCGUGAGGAGAUUGUCGGAGCUGGAGCGUGUGAGCUGGAUGGGCAGUGGUUUUGGCGGGACGGUAUACAAAGUGAUCCACAGGCCGACAUCGAAGCCAUACGCGAUCAAGGUGAUCCACGAGAAUCGAGAGGAAAUGGUUCUUCGCCAGAUCCGUCAGAAGAUCGAGAUCCUCCAUGGCUUGAACCACCCAAAUCUGGUGAAAUGCCAUGACAUGUUCCGACACGACGGUGAAAUCCAGGUUCUGCUUGAAUUCAUGGACAAAGGGUCUUUGAAAGGAAUCCAUGUUUUGCAGGAGCAGAAGCUUGCAGACCUUUCAAGGCAAAUUCUAAGCGGCUUGGCCUACCUUCAUGGCCGCCAAAUUGUCCACCGCGACAUCAAGCCGUCGAAUCUCCUCAUUAACUCAGCCGAAAUCGUGAAGAUCUCUGACUUUAUAGUGGUCUGGAUCCCUGCCCAGACCAUGGAUCCGUGUAACUCACCUGUCGGAGCCAUCGGGUACAUGAGCCCGGAGAGGAUUAACACCGAUCUGAAUCGAGGGCCGUACGAUGGAUUCGCCGGAGACAUAUGGAGCUUUGGUCUGAGUAUACUUGAGUUCUAUUUGGGGAGAUUCCCUUUUGUUGUGAGCCGACAAGGAAGCUGGGGAACUCUCAUGUCCGCCAUUUGCAUGUCUCGCCCGCCGGAAGCUCCGUCGGAGGCGACGCCGGAGUUCCAACACUUUAUCUCGUGCUGCUUGCAGAGAGAUCCGGCGAAGAGGUGGACGGCGCAGCAGCUGUUGCAGCAUCCCUUUUUGUCUCCGUCGUCACCUCCGGCAUCAUCAUAGGGUUUUUUCGUCCCUUGCCUUUUUUUUUCCUUUUUUUUCUUACCUCAAAAUUUUUAC